UUCCCCAAUUAUUUCUUUGUUAGAUAUAACACCCAUUAGCACACCAGGGUAGUAAUAAACCGAUAACAGCGGAAGUGGGUGUGGGCUUUGGUGACCUCUCUCUCUCUCUUGUGUAUUUUGGGGAUUUAGCCUGUUUUACGUCAUUUAAAAUUUAGGUGUGAUAUAAGACGCAUCUAAAGGGGAUGCCAGGGACAUUUUAGCCAGAAGAAACAUUACACUAGAAAUAAAAUAAAGAUGUCUAGAUUUUUCGUGAUCUGUGUUCUACUUUAUUCUGGAUAUUCAUACGCUGCAGUUCUAAGUAAUCAAAGAGAUGGAAAUACUUUAGACAGAAAGUUAUCAGCGCUUCGUGAUCUUUUAAAUGAAAUCAAGAAUGAUAAUAUUGAAAAGGAUGCUACAGUCACUGUAAAGAGCGGUUCAAUUGCAAAGGAAAGCGAUAUGACAUCACCUAAAAUGUCCAACAUAGCAAGCACUCAGAAAUCUUCGCAGUUAUCACCGGAAGAAAUUGCCGUUUUAAAGAAACUAAAAGCAACAUUAAAGGAUGAGAUAAGGGAAAGUGAUGAAGGCCUAAAAUCAUUCAAAGAAUAUAUUAAGAAUGAGAAAGUGCCAGAGCAGGUAGGCACCUUUUUAGAUGGACCUUUACCUGUGGAAUCUGUUUCAGACACAGAUCGAUUGAAACAGUUAGCCUCUCUUAUGUCUGAGAGAUCUAAAAAGGAACAAACUGAGAAAGAUGGUUUUGGUAGACUUCAAGAGAGUAAAAACACAAUUUCAACUCGCAAAAAGUCCUUUAGAGAAAAUCUUCUCGACGUGCUGGUGGAUAAAUUACUAGAGGACACAGAUUUAUUGCUAAAGAAAGGAUUUUCUCUCACAGAUGUAUUAAACAAUUUAUCCGGAAAAGCAAAAAUGGAAAGGGAGAGAACAGCACUUGAACAGACAUUAGAAAAACUUUUAAACAAGGAACACAUAUAGAAAAAAUAAAUAAUAUAUUCAACAUUCGUGUGUUUUUAUUACUGAAAGUGUUGAUAAUAUUUUCCUAUGCUGCUGCACAACUGAAACACAACAGACUUUCUCAAGCUACAAGAAAAUGCAGUGACCUGUCUUUUAAUAGAGUAUUUAAUAGAGUAUGCUAAAAUGAGAUAAAAAAAGUACAUAGCAUAUGUAUAUAAUACGACAAUAUUUCAAUGGAAUACUAUAGUAUUUGUUAUCCCGAUAAACAAAUGUCAAAGUGAGAAAAGCAAAAGUUUCAAAUUGUUUUUCAACGAUAAAACUGGAAGAAAAUUUGCUUGUAUUUGAA